UCUAGUUCAUAACGAGUGAAAUGCCGUCAAGUACCAGUCUCUGUAAUGUCAAUGACUGAAUACGUGUGAAAGAGUCUAGGAUUUUGUCCGUUCAAAUUCCACGAAACGCCUCUUUCUUCUAAUAGCUCCUCAUUCCAGAAGGACAGCGUCAGGAGGAUGUCUAAUGCAGAGCUAACUGUCCAAGCCUCAGCCGGGGGAGUUACGAAAACAAGAUUUGAUGUUGACAAACCGCUAUGGGACCUUCAGACAUUUUCUGGAAGAGUGAAGUACUUUUUCUGGAUGACUGAUUAUCGCACUGUGGUUGUGCCAAAUAGGGACCUUCAUGCCGCCAAAGACCUUUUAGAAAAAUAUAGAUUGGGCCAAGAACCUCCAGGGACUACUGAAGAAAAACUGAUUUAUGCUAAGAAGUUAUACCAGAGCGCUUUCCAUCCAGAUUCUGGUGAACUUCAAAAUGUGAUGGGGCGCAUGUCAUUCCAAGUGCCUGGGGGUAUGGCGCUCACUGGGGCACUACUUGCAUUCUACAGAACAAAUACUGCUGUGAUAUUUUGGCAAUGGGCCAACCAGUCUUUCAACGCUCUAGUGAAUUACACGAACAGAAACGCUGAGUCUGAUAUCACUCCAAAGAGAAUAGGUAUAGCAUAUGUGUCCGCCACCACUGCUGCUAUUGUCACAUCCUUAGGACUUAAAAAAUACCUGGCCAAGACAGCCAGCCCGCUCUUCCAGAGAUUCGUACCCUUCGCUGCUGUAGCAUCCGCUAAUCUUGUCAAUAUUCCUCUCAUGAGACAGAGUGAACUUUAUGAUGGUAUUGCUGUCUUUGAUAAAGAUGGUAAUAAAGUCACUGAUUCACAGUAUGCGGCUCUGAAAGGAAUUGGCCAGGUGUCGACAUCAAGAGUAUUCAUGGCUUUCAGCACAAUGUGUAGUAUACCCUUUCUGAUGGAGUAUCUCGAACGCUUCCCCUGGAUGAUGAGGAUGAAAUGGCUGAAUAUGCCACUGCAGGUUCUCUUCUGUGGAGUCAUUUUGACGUUCACUGUCCCCGUUGGAUGUUCCUUGUUCCCGCAAAAAGCACAAAUCGAGUACGAGAAACUUAACAUCAUUGAUAAGGACAAAUACACAGCUGUGAAGGAGAAAUACGGCAACAAUAUACCACAGACACUUUACUUUAACAAGGGACUAUGAUUUGAGUGAAACUCUAGUCAUGAUUUGCUCAGCACCUAGUCAAUUGUCAAUAGGCUGUUAUGUGAACUACUUCAGCCCUGUCAGUACUAUGUUUACAACUUUGGUUGUGUCUUCAAGUUGUAACUGAGAUUCUGGUAAAUAACGACUUCUUGAAUUAACUGCUACUGUUUGAAUCUGCAUAUAAGAGACUUAAUUAUCGCUUGGAUCACAAUGAUUCUCUUGCUAGUCACUGAAUUUUCAGUUUUGCAGUGAAAUUCUGAAGUGUCUCCCCCUAUUGUCUCAGCGAUGGUGACAUCAAGUCAUGGGCAGCUAUCGUUUGUUAAUGGUGCUCUUUUCCUCUUGUUUGGAAUUAAUUAAGGUUAUGGUGUACACAUAUUACUAGUAGAUAACAAUAGAGAUUAGAACAAUCAUGUUUUUAACGAAGUGGUGACGUGGUUAAUUGUAUGUUACAAGGUGUUGGAAUCUGAAUCAGAUAUAUGUACUUUAAUAUGCAACGAGUAUCAGCAUCCACUUUUUAAAUGUAUC